GACACUAUACUGAUAACCAAAAAACUGUCAAAAGUAACUUUUUGUUUUGACGUUUUAGGGGUAUACAAAAAUAUUUAAACAAUUUUAAAUAAACUAAAAUUUAAAAUGGAAUUUUGCUCCAUUCCACAAAGAUUUUUAUUUAGUUCUUGUAGGUCACAAAAGUAUGACAGUUUUCAGUAAACUCUUCAGUUACAUCGGCUCGAUAGCGUGGCAGCCUAUUACCAUGUUCGGUUUUCUGGAUGCACACCCUUAUGGUGGAGUUCUCUCUGCGAUAUCCACCAUUAUUUUCUGUAUGGCGGCCUUUUACUUCCUCAGAUGGUUUACCGGCGAAACAAAGAUCGAAAUUAAAGACAAGAAUCACAGCUGGAAAAGUAUUAAGAUAACUUCCAAGGCUUGGUAUUGUUCAAUCUGUGAGGAGUUACUUUUGCAUGGUUUUGGGGUGUAUUGUGACUGUUGUGGCGUUUGUGCGGAUGCAGAGUGUUUGAAGAAGGCCAACCAAACUUUGCUAUGCAAAAUUAUGACAAGUAAAACUGAUAGUCUACCUCACCAUUGGGUUAAAGGGAAUCUGCCACUGGGCGCUUGCUGUGAUGUUUGCCAUGAAGAGUGCGCCCUCGAGCCCGGGUUGGUUGAUUUUCGAUGUUGUUGGUGCAAUCGCAACGUGCACGAAGAGUGUUUACCCGACCGCCAAACUCUGUGCGACUUUGGACCAUUUAGGAACCUAAUUGUUCCGCCUUGGUGCAUACAAGUUGUCAGACGUAAGGGAAGUUUGCAUAAACACCUACUGUUAAAAGGCGUUAAACAUCCCGGAUGGGCUAAUUGGUCUCCGUUAGUGGUUGUAGCCAACAGAAAGUCUGGGAAUAAUGAUGGUGAAAUGGUUUUGUCUGAGUUUAGACGUUACCUGAAUCCAGCCCAAGUCAUGGACUUGUCGGAACGACCGCCUGCCGUUAUUCUUCAAUGGAGUAUUUUGAUUGCACCUCAGCCUGUUAAAAUGAUGGUGGCUGGUGGUGACGGUACUGUCGCUUGGAUUCUUAGUGCCGCUCAGAAACUGGAUUUAGAUCCAGACCCUGCAGUUGGUAUAAUUCCUCUGGGAACUGGUAAUGAUUUAUCACGAGUGUUGGGAUGGGGAAGUGAGCAUUCCUCAGAUUUGGACCUUCAUUCUGUUUUAGAACUCGUCCAGCGAGCUAAAACUGGAUUACUUGAUCGAUGGAGUGUAGAAAUUCUCACCCACCGUCAGUUGAGUCAUUUGGGGAUUCGAAUGUCUAAAACAGACAUUUACAUGUAUAAUUACAUAAGUAUUGGCGUCGAUGCGCAGGUGACUUUGGAUUUUCAUAGAGCUCGAAGUAGUCGCUUUUAUCCUUUUGGGAGUCGCUUUUUUAAUAAGAUGUUGUAUUUAGGUUUUGGUACACAGCAAGUAGUUGCAGCCGAUUGUAAAAAUUUGGAGCAGAGAUUGAAUUUGUACUUGGAUGGAGUUCAGGUUGAUUUACCCGAAUUAGAGUCGAUAGUGAUUCUUAACAUUGCUUCGUGGGGCGCUGGAGUCAAUUUAUGGGGUGAAGGCACUAAUGCUCCUUCACAAUCACAUUGUGAUGGGGUUUUGGAAGUUAUAGGGGUGUAUUCGUCAUUCCACAUUGCCCAAUUGCAAGUUGGUCUUUCAAAACCACACAGAAUUGGGCAGGCGAAAAGAAUAGAUAAUCUUUUAGAUACAUUUACAUAAAAGUGCACCUAUGCAAGUAGAUGGAGAACCAUGGGAUCAACAACCCGCACAUGUAAAAAUAUCCUUCGUUAAUAAGGCUACUGUUUUGCUAAAUCCUAUAUAAGCAUAAUCAAAAUGGGGUACAGUAUUAAUUUUUUAUCAUGCACCUACAAUUAAUUUUAUUUAUAAUGCACGUAUUGUUGUUACUUUAUUUAAAUAUAUUUUGUAUUACUGUUGUUUAUAUUCUGGUACUCUACCACAAUAAAAUUAUUUAUCUGUCA